AUGUCAGCGACAGGAGAUCGACGUGACAUUGUUAUUGUUGGUGGUGGCAUCAUCGGAUGCUGCUCUGCAUACUACCUCACCAGGCAUCCAUCCUACGACCCUGCCCGCCACAAAAUCACACUCAUCGAGGCCACUGAACUCGCGGGCGGUGCAUCGGGAAAAGCGGGUGGCAUGCUGGCUCAAUGGGCAUUCCCGAGCAAUCUUGUCGGUCUCAGCUACAAGCUGCAUGCCGAACUCGCAAAGGAGCACGAUGGUAUCAACCGAUGGGGAUACAGAGAGGUCAAUUGCGGCCAACUCGUCGUGAAAGGUCGUGCUCUCGCUGAGAACACCCCAGGGAAAACCGGGGCUGGAAAUACAGAGUCCCUCCAGAAACGCAGCACAGCAGCAAUGUCUAAGCUGAGGUCUGCCAAAAUCCCCGAGGACUUGGAUUGGAUUGAGCCAGACCUUCUACGGGCCUAUGAAAGUAUGAGUGGACCGGGCGAAACCGCUCAAGUGCACCCAUACCUCUUUACUACGUCCAUUGCAAAGCUCGCCCAGGAGAAGGGCGCGAAUAUCAUUCUUGGACAGGUUACAGAUAUUGCUCGCUCAAAGAGCUCUGUCGAGUCAGUGACAUACACCGAUAAAACAUCGGGUGAAACACAAACCAUUGCCGCUACCGAUGUGCUCGUUGCUGCUGGUCCCUGGACGAAAACUAUCCUCCCGGAGGUCCCGAUCUCCGCUAUGCGGGCCCACAGCGUGGUGAUCCAGCCAAAGAAACCAGUCAGUGCAUACUGCCUGUUUACAAAUAUCGAAAUCCCGGCCAACUUCAACCCGGAGAAGAAGUCACGCCCAACUGUGGCUGCGCCAGAGAUCUACGCCCGUCCUGAUGCCACUGUCUAUGCAUGUGGCGAUGGAGAUAGAGCAGUUCCACUACCAAAGAGUACUGCAGAUGUCGAGGUUGACCAGGAACGCUGCCAGGAAAUUAUAGACCACGUGGGUAGUAUUUCUGACGAGCUGCGCGACGGAGAGGUUCGCACUCGCCAGGCUUGCUAUCUUCCAAACUGUGAUUCUGGCGCUGGGCCACUCGUUGGACUGACUGAUGUGAAAGGACUGUAUAUUGCAGCUGGCCAUACCUGCUGGGGUAUCCAGAAUGCGCCGGGUACAGGGAAGCUCAUGAGUGAGUUUGUGUUUGAUGGUAAGGCGAAGAGCGCGAACAUUGGAUCGUUGGAUCCACGCGAGUUCAUGUGA